AUGACUGGGGACAGAGACUACGAUGGGUACAACCCGAAGAGGAGAAGAUUGGACUCGUCGCGACCACAACACAAGUUUCAAGAUGGGUCGCGUGGCUCAACACCCCGGGCUCAAUCUAGCUACGCUGCUACCCCGACAAGAGAGUCUGAGAAUCAAGGGCCGGACGAAGAAGAUAUGCUAGCACUGGAUCGAGAUUGGUACGGAGGCGAUGAGUUGGGAGGACACGCCUUCGGUGACGAUACACACAACCCUUUCGCAUCUUACGAGAUUUCCGCCUGGGAAAGCCAACAACAGGAGUCUGCCAAGGCCGAGAAGAUGGCGAGUCGGUACGACGCGAGACAAGAACAACGUCGCAGAGAAAAUGACGCAUGGGAAACGAACAGAAUGCUGGUCUCAGGUGUCGCUCAGCGAAGAGACAUGGCAUCAGACUUUGACGACGAAGAGGCAACCCGAGUACAUUUGCUGGUUCACGACCUACGGCCACCGUUCCUUGAUGGGCGGACGAUCUUCACGAAACAGCUUGAGCCGGUUCCCGCCGUCAGGGACUAUCAGAGUGACAUGGCUGUGUUCAGCAGAAAAGGAAGCAAGGUCGUGAGAGAGGCCCGUCAGCAGAGUGAGCGUCAGAAGCAGGCUCAACAAGCGACCUCGAUCGCUGGAACAACACUGGGCAAUAUCAUGGGCGCCAAAGACAACGACGAAGACAGUGCUUUACCUGGACCUGGUGAAGACGGCGUCGAGAAGAGCGAAUCCAAGGGCAACAAGUUCAGCGCGCACAUCAACAAAUCCAAAGGUGCCAGCGACUUUAGCAGGAGCAAAACGCUUCAAGAACAACGACAGUAUCUGCCGGCAUUUGCAGUUCGCGAAGAACUUCUAAGGGUCAUCAGGGAAAAUCAGGUUACCAUUGUUAUUGGCGAGACGGGUUCGGGGAAAACGACACAGUUAACACAGUUUUUGUACGAGGAUGGAUACGGGCAGACCGGCAUGAUCGGUUGUACACAGCCUCGACGUGUUGCUGCCAUGAGUGUAGCGAAACGAGUUGCCGAAGAAAUGGAAGUCGAGCUAGGUACAACCUGUGGUUAUGCCAUUCGAUUUGAAGAUCACACAAGCAAGGAGACUGUCAUUAAAUAUCUGACUGAAGGCAUCUUGCUCAGAGAAUCUCUAAAUGAGCCCGAUUUGGAUAGAUACUCGUGUAUCAUCAUGGAUGAAGCGCACGAGCGUGCAUUGAACACUGAUAUCCUACUCGGAUUAUUCAAGAAGAUUCUUCAGCGGCGACGGGACCUCAAGCUCAUUGUGACCUCGGCGACGAUGAAUGCGAAACGAUUCUCGGAUUUCUUUGGAGGUGCGCCGGAGUUCACAAUCCCUGGGCGAACAUUCCCAGUUGAUGUCAUGUUUCAUCGAUCGCCAGUUGAGGAUUAUGUGGACCAGGCAGUCCAACAAGUGUUGGCCAUUCAUGUUUCAAUGGACCCGGGUGACAUCCUGGUGUUUAUGACUGGACAGGAAGACAUUGAAAUCACCUGCGAACUGGUACAGAAGCGGUUAGAUGCUCUGAAUGAUGCGCCAAAACUAAGCAUUCUUCCUAUUUACAGUCAAAUGCCGGCAGACCUGCAAGCAAAGAUCUUUGACCGAGCUCCGCCAGGGGUACGAAAAUGCAUUGUGGCGACAAAUAUUGCAGAAACCAGUUUAACAGUUGAUGGUAUCAAAUACGUAGUUGAUGCGGGUUAUUCGAAAAUGAAGGUGUACAACCCCAAGAUGGGUAUGGAUACGCUUCAGAUCACGCCAAUCUCUCAAGCCAAUGCUUCGCAACGUUCUGGCCGUGCCGGCCGAACGGGGCCUGGAAAAGCCUUUCGUCUCUACACGGAAAAGGCUUUCAAGGAGGAGCUAUACCUACAAACGAUUCCAGAAGUCCAGCGUACAAAUCUUUCAAAUACGGUUCUAAUGCUGAAGUCCCUGGGUGUGAAGGACCUGCUCGACUUUGACUUCAUGGACCCGCCACCGCAGGACACCAUUUCCACGUCCAUGUUCGAUCUCUGGGCACUGGGUGCGUUGGACAAUCUCGGAGAGCUCACUGAACUGGGGCGCAAGAUGAGCGCCUUUCCCAUGGAUCCGUCCUUGGCCAAGCUUCUGAUUACGGCCGAGCAGUAUGGCUGCAGCGAGGAAAUGAUUACCAUUGUGUCUAUGCUCUCGGUCCCCAACGUGUUCUAUAGACCAAAGGAGCGCCAAGACGAAGCAGAUGCUCAGCGAGAGAAGUUCUGGGUGCACGAAUCAGACCACCUGACGUAUCUCCAAGUGUACCAAGCCUGGAGAGCUCACGGCUUCUCAGACGGCUGGUGCAUCAAACACUUCCUACACUCGAAAUCACUGCGUCGCGCCAAAGAAGUGCGUGAGCAAAUCGUGGACAUUAUCAAGGCUCAGGGAAUGGAGAUCAACAGCUGCGGCAUGGACUGGGACAUUAUCCGAAAAUGCAUCUGUUCGGGCUACUAUCACCAGGCGGCAAAAUACAAGGGUUCGGGCGAGUACAUCAAUCUGCGGACGAAUUUGGCCGUUCAGCUCCAUCCGACGAGCGCUCUAUACGCCGGCCACCCGCCGGAUUAUGUAGUAUAUCACGAACUCAUCCUCACGUCGAAAGUCUACGUCUCUACCGUCACGGCGGUGGAUCCUCACUGGCUCGCCGAUCUCGGUGGCGUGUUCUACUCGGUCAAGGAGAAGGGAUACUCGAUCCGGAACAAACGCAUUACAGAGACUGAGUUCAAUCGCAAGAUGGAAAUCGAGGCAAAAAUGGCAGAGGACAAGCGCAGAGACGAAGAACGCAAGCAAGCGGAGCAAGAGAAGGCAACUAAAAAGAAGGCCCCAGCUGACACCAAGAAGAUUGUCACGCAGGGCGCAGUCAAGAAGCCCGUCAUUAGAAGAAGGGGCCGGGGUUUCUGA